GGAAGGUGAAAACAUGGGUUAGAAACUUCUUCUGGUCAGGGAACUCUCUGAAGAAAGGCUCCACUUUAAUUUCAUGGAAUAGCUGUUGUAUUGAACAAGGCGGGCUGGGUUUGAGAAAUUUAUUUACUCUAAAUCUAGCUCUUCUUCUUACGCGUUGUUGGGAUAUUGUUCAGGCUUCAUCUCCUUCAACGAAGUUGAUCCGUGCUCCUUUUUUCAAUUCAUCUUUCCAGUUCUGAAGUAUUAUCUAACGUCCUCUGUUUGGGUGGGUUUAAAAAAGUUGUGGCCCUAGUUUUUCGGAGAAACUGCAAUAGGUGGUAGGUGAUGGAUGCAGAGUGAAUUUCUGGUUGGAUAAUGUACCCAUCUCCAGCUCUCUCUUAGUAUUGCACAGCAGUUGUUGAAUUUUCUUAGAGAAAGGUUGUUUGGCCUUCAACUAAAUCUUGGCAGCUCUAGGCUAAAGAGGCCUAUCACUUCUUGUCUGAUCCUACUCCAAUUACUAAUUGGGGAAAGCUAAUUUAGAGUGAAGCAAUCCAACCUCGUAAAAAUAUUGUCACCUGGAAAGUCUUGCAUAGGAGAAUCUUAACUGAUGAUGCUCUACAGAGGUGUGGUACUCAGCUCUGCUCCCAAUGCUCUUUCUGUCGAGAGCAGGUUGAAAGGUUACAACAUAUGCUCUAUAGCUGCGGUAUGGUAAGCAGCUUCUGUAAUUGGUUGCUACUUCUUUUCAGAUUGCCGCAAUCUUCUCAAGUAGAAAUUAUGGAGCCUUUCUCUUCAGCAAAGUUGAAUUCCAUGACUCCCUCAACAAAGAAACUUUGGUGCUUUGCAGUUUGGUUGUGGUGUCUUUGGAUUGAACGCAAUAAAAUAAGGUAUGAUAAUUAUUUAUUCACUUUAGACAGAUUCAAGCUUUUUUCCUGUAUUCACUCAGAGAUUCGGCAUCAAUUUAUUUUCAUCCUCAUAUUUCUUCCUCGAGAGUUCUCCCAAUAUUUAUGCUUUUGGGUUCAUCACCAUUGAGACUCUCGGCCCCAAAGUUCAUCCGUGUUUGCUGGCAGCCUCCUCCUCUAGAUUGGUUGAAAGUAAACACUGAUGGAUCUUUUCGUGAUCCUAACACAGCUGGGGUUUGGGUUAUUUUAAUAUAGAGAUUCAGAAUGUGCUUUUCUGGGUUCCUUUGCUCAUAAAGUGGUGGUUUCUAGUGCGAUUGUGGCUGAAGUACUUGCAGUCAUUGAAGCUUUGCGUGUUGCCUAGGUAAGAAAUUGGACUCAUGCAUAUUUGGCUUGAGACAGACUCUACUCUUGUAGUUAAUUAUUUCAAGUUACCAACUCUAAUCCCUUGGAAGGUACGUAUUGCUUGGCUUAACUGCAUUCGUUUCACUACCGCUAUAAAUUUUCCUGUUUCACAUAUCUAUAGGGAGGGCAGCUUCUUGGUAGAUAAGCUUGUUAUCUAUGGUGCUGCAAAUGAGGGUUCUAAUUGGUGGAGAUUGAUCUGAGGUUUCAUUUCAAAUUUUUAUGGUAGAGACCGCUCUUCUAUUGUUCAAUACAGGUUUAGCUAGUAAUUCAAAUCAUAUAUUGGUCUUGGGUUCGCAUGUAUUAUUUUACAUUGCUUGCUUUCCGAAGUGCUUGAGGCUUAUCAUCUGUACUUUUUAAGUUUGUAUUUCCAACUCUUGUUCUCUUUGUAAGGUUUUGGUCUAGCCACCUUUGCUAUGUAUUUUUUUUUUUUUUCUGGUUAUUAAUAAAUUCGGAUAAGGGCGUUGGAUUAGCUAGCUUUAUUCCGCUUCCUUGGUUAGCUAGCUAGAUUAGGCAUACUAGCAGAGCAUGUUUGAUAGAGUUGGAAGGAUUUCUGUGGCCUACUUGGAUAUACUUUGUAUUCUAGGUUACAUUGUUUAACAUAUUAUUUAUGGUAAACAUCGUUUUCUAUGACUCAUACCUUCUUGGAUUUUCCAACCUUUCUAUUCCAUGCUUUCAGGUUAAACAGUAAGGACAUGGUACAACAACCGUGCAAUUCACGAGGGAAGUGGUAUUUAUUUAUUUUCAUAUCAUUCUCACUUCAAGAACCUUGCAAUAUAAAUAAAACCCCUCAACGUACCAAAGAUUCAUCCCUAAAUACAGUACCAAAGUACAGAGAAAGAACCAGUUCGUUGGAAACACAAAGGAAGUGCUUGAUAAGUUGGAGAGAAUGGGUUCAGAUUCUCAAUACCAAAUUCCGGCAAUAGAAUUCAUAAUGAAUUCGCCAGAAAUGGACCGAGGAACUGAUGAGUGGUACCAUCUGUGCAAGAAGGUUCGAGAGGCUUGUGAAAAUUAUGGUUGCUUCGAAAUUGUGUAUGAUAAGAUACCUCCGCAGUUAAGAGCCGAAACCUUCUCUGCGUCAAGGAAACUCUUCAGCCUUCCACUUGAGACAAAGAAGCAGAACCUUAAUCCAAAACCUUACCAGGGUUACGUUGGACCAAGUGUCCGUGCUCCCUUGUAUGAAGGCUUUGGCUUUGAGGAAGCAUCCAACUAUGAAUCCCUUGGUAGCUUGACAGAAGAUAUCUGGAGUCAUGACCAGUUUUGCACUGUCAUUUCUAUGAUGAAGCAGCUGGAUGAGCUGAAAGAUAUGAUUAACUUGAUGAUUCUUGAUAGCUAUGGUUUGGAAGAGACAUCAAAUUUGAUCAUGGUGUCCAAGACACUGCUACGGUUACAGAAGUACACGGCACCUCCUUCAAGGGAGUACACCAUGGGAUCCCCGGCUCACACUGACAAGAAUUUUGGCACAAUCCUUUUUGAUGAUCAAGUUUCAGGUCUUGAAGUUCAAACCAAGGAUGAACAAUGGGUCAAGUUGUCUAUAUCUCCUCGCUCUUUCGUCUUUGUUGUUGGAGACUCCCUCAUGGCAUGGAGCAAUGGCAGAAUGCAUUCUGUGAAUCAUCGGGUGAUGAUGUGUGGGGAAAAAGAACGACAUUCUUUAGCAGCAUUUGCACUUCCAAUAGAGGGUUCCAUUAUCAAGGCACAAAAGGAGCUAGUAGAUGAAGACUACCCCCGUAUUCUUAAAGAUUUCGACUAUACAGACUUUAGCAAGUUCAUCUUUUCAGAAGGAAGAGCCAUCGAAUCACAAAUGCAAGUUUUCGCAUAUGCUGGAAUUAGAACUUGAUUUGUUAAUUAUAAAAAUUGGAAAUAAAGGUUCUUGACUUAUGUAAUGCCGCAUUUGCCUGAUGUGUAGUGUCUGAUUGGAUGAGGCUCCUCCUUUUAUCCUACAUCUUCGUUGACACGCUUGGUCUUCUGAAUUUCCGGUUUCUUUGAGUUGUAUUUUAUUUAUCCUCUUCAUCUUUUUGAAUGGAGAUUAGUACCUCUGUUGAUUUUCUGUUUUUGGCUAGGGGCAUGGCCGUUGUCCUUCCUUCCUCUGUUUGUAAUCCUUUUCUCUUUUAAUAAUUUGGGUUGGGAAACUCUCCAAUCCUAUCUUAGCCAAAGGAAAAAAAAAAGGUGGUGUAUGAUUCAAUUUCGGCAUACAUUAGUAAAAGUUUAUACUGUGAUUA